AAGCGUUAUCAUUUACAGUUCCACCAACCCAACAUAAAAGGUUUCUCUACUGUGCGCAGAAAAUAUUCGUUAUUAUCAGAUCAAGCUCUUAAGAGUACGGACGUUUAUAGUGUUAUACGAAAUUUAUUGUGCAAAAGCGUAAAACAUGCCACGACGUGGACGUACUGCGAAUCCUCCACCAAGGACGGUUAGGCGAGCUGUAGCACCCGCUCCAGCUCCAGCCCGGGCCGCACCUGUCCAAGCACAUGCUCCUGCUUCAACACCAAUGGUAGCUCAACCUCAACAACCGUCCCUUAUGGGACAAAUGGCUGCUACUGCUGGAGGUGUAGCAAUUGGUUCUGCUGUUGGUCAUACAAUUGGCCAUGCCGUGACUGGUCUUUUCAGUGGAGGCUCUAAUGAAACUGCUGUUGCACCUGCAAGUGCCGCAGCAUCUGCUCAUGCACAAGAUAUACCAGCUACUAGACCUGCUGGUGGUGCUUGUUCAUGGGAAAUCAAACAGUUCUUGGAAUGUGCUGAAAAUCAAUCUGAUCUUACGUUAUGUGAAGGGUUCAAUGAAGCUCUCCGUCAAUGCAAGGCAUCUCAGAAUUUAGUUUAAAUAUUCCAAAGGCAUAUGAGUAUUAGGAAUAUAGAAAAUCAACAUUAUGUAAACUGAUUAUAUUGUAGAUCUUAAAAAAUUUAGAUCACAUUUAUGAUAAACUUAAUAAAACAACCAUAUUAAUUAUUAUUGAUAUGAUUUAACCAAUAUAUGUGUAUACAAGUAAAAUAAAUGGACUUCUAAUUACAUA